GAGACAGACAGCAAACAAACAACACACGGGAGCUCAGUGCUGUGUCUGUGGGGAAAGAUGAAGAAGUUUGUUUUUUGCUUCAUUCGUGUUUCUGUGCUUUUGCUCAGUUUCUCCAUCAUUUGUCUGGGAGUCCUUUGCAUUUACACCAGUUCCUCUGUGUGCAGAUGCGAGAACAACAAGCUGGUUGUUUAUUUCCUGUUAGCUGUGGGGUUCUUGCUCCUUGUGGCUGGCAUUUUCUGGAGCACAGUCCAUGAAGCCAUGAAAUAUAGGGGCUUCAGCAGCAUCUUCAUGAGAAAUCUCAGCCUUAGAGAGCUCCGUGUCAGCACCAUAGACAGGCCAGACUUCUACCCGCCAUCCUACGAGGACAGCACAGAUCCUGAAAAGCAGACCUUCCCAUUGCCAGCAGUCUCCACACUGAAGGAGCAAGAAGUCAUCGACAUCCCCCCGCCGCUGUACAGCAAGCGCAGCACGGAGUCCGCCGGUGAAAAUACUGAGGGAGAGCAGCCCCCACCCUAUGAAUUAGCUGCUGGCCAGGACUCGAGCCCAGGGGGGGAGCCAAAUACUGGUGCACCCACUCAAGAUGUUUGCUGACAGCGUGGAGGCUGCCAAGGGACCUCCAAGAGAGUAGGGGAGACAUGGACAGAGGUGUGUGUCGGUGCUGCCUGAUGCUGCACCACAAGGCCGCCCCAGAAAAGCACUGACUGUCCUGGUAUUUGGGUGAAGUUGGAAGGGUGUAUGUAAAAAGUUGCUCUGUGUUUCAAAGCAGCAGGAGGGUCUCCAUCCCGCAGGGGUUUGCUGAGCGAGGAGGUACCUCCCGUCGUGGUCACCGUGCUCGUUCAGCUGGGAACAGACACCCUAGCACCAUGCUCUGUGUGGCCAUUCAGCCUGCAGGGCUCGGAGCUGCCACAAUGCUUACAAGAGAGCAAACAAGCUGUCCACAGCAUUCAGAAAACCAGGAGGUAAGGUGCAUAUCAGAGGAGAUGUGCUUCAUUGUUACUGCACAGCCUGAGGGAAGCACCCACUGGGGAUUGCUGCUCCCCUGGUGCAUCAAGGACAGACCCCAUCCCUACCCCCAGGCGUGAGGGUUUGCUGCUCUGAUGGUCUGUGCCUCUAAAUGCUGUGUGAAAUUGCAGAUUCUUCGGGGAAAAAUGUAACACUAAAUGGGUCUGAGAGCCAGAGUCAGUCGCUGUCAAGGUCAAUCAGAAAUCAUCUAUCGGUUUCAUUGGAACUAUAAUAAUAGUGCAGUUUUAAAGCUUGAUACCAAAGCUAUUCUACCCAAAAGGCACAAUGGGCUUUGCUGGUGUCUGAGAUUUUCAGCAGGAUACAGAAAUAUGCCUGCAAGACUGCCAUUCUUACAGAAUCAAAGGAUAUACUGUGAGAAUCAUACUCAACAGAAAAAAAAAGAUACCACUGCUUAAUAUUUUGUUUUUUGAAAUGGCCAUAAAUGAAAAGCCCAACUAGCUACUUUCAUUUUCAUAAAACAUCUUAUUGCUUUUCUGCCUCUCAUACAACAGAGGUACUAUUGAGAUAGGAACUGACGUACUGUAUCUUAGAAAAGUCAAUGUCACAGGCAAUAGGAGUAAUUUCCUAUGCUGCUAGGUGGAUGCUAGUCAUGGAGCUUUGUGCUGCUAUCAAUCUUAAAAUGUCUUCUGCCUUACAAGGAGUUUUGGCUGUAAAUCCUCAUUUGUGUUUUUUUAACAUUAUCUGAUUUGCAAAACCUAUUAAUUCAUGAGCUUUUGUCUGGAAUUUUUAACAUUUACAGUAAUUGAAUAUUUUUGUAAUAUAUGUCUUUGAAGCUACUUGUUUUAUUUUGGGGUAAUAAUAGCAGGUAUUUUACUAUGGAUUUCAUUAAUAAAUUUUGUAUUUAAAACC